AAAUCUCGACCAAAGGCCAAAAAGCAUCAUAUCAAGCUCCUCGGUUCCGUCGAAUCCAGCGCCGCUUCUACACCAUCUAUCACAUCGUCCACGGAAAUCCCGUUCCUGCUUCGUCUUCCGGGAGAAAUCCGCAAUCUCAUCUACUCUUACGCUCUGACUUCGCCUACCUCGUCACUCACCUACAACGUAUCGGAAAUGCGUUUCCCGCUUCAUGACAUCGGCUUCGGACUCAUGUCGUCGUGCCAUGCGUUGGCGCUUGAGACACAGUAUCUGCACUUGAAGCUGAACAGAUUGGUGUUG